AUGGACGAGGACAACCUAGCCAAGAACCUCCGCGACUUCAACCAGAACAUGUUCAUGAAGGCCAUUGUACCAGAGCUGACGAGGGCGAUCCUGCAUUCCAGGGCCAACUUACACAAGAAGCCGGAACAGAAGGGCGUGCCCCAGAAUUGUACCAUCUUGUUCAACAUAGACACCAGCACGGACAUCGGAUCGAUCUUGAUGCCGCUGAUGGAGGAGUUGAUCGCCUGCGAGGGCGGGACGUGGCUGGCGGGAGCGGCCCUUCGCGGGCCGCUGGAGCGCAAGACCUCCCAGCUCCUGACCUCCAUGGGCAUGUGA